AUUAAAGCGAGCUGAGAGUCGCACAGCAGCAGCUGGAGAGCCGGUUUAUAUUUAUUUACCAACUUUCGCAAUCUAUAUGUUUAGUGGAUUUACAGCGUGUUAUCUUUAAAAUACAACAUUUUUAUUUGUAUUUUUUUUUUAACACAAUGUGGACUGAAAGCGGAUCAGCAGCAGCCGGAUUCCCAUACAGCCUCGGAUUAUUUAGGAUUUUUACUGCUUUUAUUUUAUCUUAAAUCAUUAGCAGAUUAUAGAUUUGUGCUCCAGACAGAGAUGUGGAUGACUAAUGAAGUGGCAGGGCGGCGAUAUAACGGGAAAUAGCACAUCCGCCCUGUAUUCGGGGCAUUAAACCAGCUCAAGUGCGGUAUUUGAGCGUCAUCGACUUUUUAUUUCAUCUUAACUCGUUUUUUUCUGCUGUCCAUUCUCAUAAUUAUUUGGUAUUUUUGCUAUUCAAUCUUAUUUUCAGCACAGUUGAGAUGCCAUAAAGCGUCUGACAGACUUUUAUAAACUAUUAUAACCUGGAUGUUUGUGUCACUGGAAUCUCUGACCAGUAUAAUUUUUAAAACAAAUUCUAUAAAUCAAAAAAGGUGAAUAUAAUAUAAUAUACCUGUUAAAUGCAAGGGAAUACAGAUUUAGGGGGCCUAGUGUGAUGUUAAAUAGCUCAAAGUCUCAAUUUCUGGCUUUACAUUAACAUCCAACGCCACAUUUAACCUCUAAAAGUCUCAAGGUGUGUUCGAGACCAUGGCAGGUGUGCCAGCGGAGGAGCCCAUGCCGGGGUACAUGCAGCUCUUGUCGACAGCCCCCAGUGUUAUACUGGAUGCCUAUAGAAACUGUCAAGACUGUGGCAUCAGUCUGUCCGUACAGACCCUGCUGGACCAUGCAUACCUCACACCUACAGAAAUCAUUCUCUUCUUCCUCUGCGUGGUGAUGUGGACCAGUCUGAGAUGGGCACUGACUUGUCAUCUGUUUGUGCCGUUUGCCCAGUGGUGUCGGCUCCAUCCCAAAGAUGUGGGGAAGAUGCCAGAAAGUGCUUGGAAGCUGAUCUUCUACACGAUGUCGUGGUCCUACAGCACCUACCUGCUCUUCUUUUGCAACUAUGGCUUCUUUCAUAACCCACCCUCUGUCUUUUACAACUGGAAGAGCGGAAUGCCGGUGCCCAUGGACGUCGCCAUCGCCUACUUGGUCCAGGGGAGCUUCUACGGCCAUUCCAUCUAUGCCACCAUAUACAUGGAUGCAUGGAGGAAAGACUCUAGCGUCAUGCUAUUGCAUCACUUCAUCACUCUGGCGCUGAUUGCAUUCUCCUACGCCUUCAGGUAUCACAAUAUCGGGCUCCUCGUGCUGUUCCUCCAUGACAUCAACGACAUUCUGCUGGAGUUCACAAAACUCAACGUCUACUUCAAGACCCGUGGAGGAAAAAACUAUGUGAUCAAUGAUAUCCUGUCCAGCUUGGGCUUUCUGGGCUUUGGCAUCACAUGGUUCUGCUUCCGACUGUACUGGUUCCCCCUCAAAGUGCUGUACGCCUCCUUCAUCACAAGCCUGCAAUCCGUCCCCAGCAUCCCCUUUUACUUUUUCUUUAAUGCUCUGCUGUUUGCACUGCUGCUCAUGAACAUCUACUGGUUCCUGUUCAUCGUGCAGAUGGUGCUGAAGGUACUGACUGGGCAUUUGAAGGGCAUCAGUGAUGUCCGUGAGUAUGAAGAAAAUGAGGACCAGGAAUCAGUCAAGGCCAGGAGGCAUGACUCAGGAAAUCGGCGCACUGGAGAAGGGAAUCACAUGCAGAAUGGAAUUGGCAAGAAGCACCAAUAAUAGCCUCUGCACUAUCACCUGCUGGUCCUCGACAGCAAUUGCAAGGAACAAAAAAGGGCAAUUUGACUCGUCCAUACUACAGGAACAAAAAAUAAUCCCUGAUCGUUUUAGACUGUAAUUUUAUUAUUUUUUUAUCCUCAUUGUGAUAAAAUGAAUAUUUUAGGAGCUUGGUGUUUAAACGACGCAAAAACGGGUAGAAGUGAAGGAAAAGUUUUAUCAUUGUGUAUGUAUAAGUGGUUAGUACUAACAUGGGGCUGUUUUAAGUUGAAUUAUUCACACUUUCAUUAUUUGUUCAGCUGUUUGUUUUUUCUUUAAGGGUACAUCAGAAUUACACAAUAUUUCCUCUUACCCAAAGUUCUGAAUAUGUAAAAUUUUUUACGAAUGCCAGUUACCACCAACUCUGCUGCGCCACUUAGGAGCCUUUUGACCUGUUUUUGAUCCACUCAUGCUUUUGGAUUAAAUCAGCAAUUUCCACUUCUUUUUAAUCCUGCGAACUUUCCCAUGGCCCACCUUCUUGCAAAUCAUGUCCGUUUGAAAUGGAGUCCUUACACAAGCAUUCCAAAAUCCAUUGUGAUGAAUUCAAUAUCUCGUGUUUUCAUUAAAGGCAUCUUUCAUCAUGGCAUGUUUACAGCCUGUAAUAAAGCUCAAACAGAAAACAGUUGACACAGGACAAGGAGUGGUUACUAGAUGCACCAUAAAAGCCUUACGGGAUUUUUUUUUCCAAUAUUAAACCUCCCUCAAUGAAUCGUUUUUGAACAUUUAAACCUAACCCAAUCUCUGAAGACCCCAAGUCUGUUUACGUUAGAGGACUGGGUGUAAUUUUUUCUGCUCUCAUGCCUGCCUGCCAGCUCCUGCAAUUAUUUUUAUUUGUACAUGCUUGAUGAAUACAGUAAAUGCAUUACGGAGCACUAUAUGAGCACACCCAGUACAGGAUCAUGGGCUUUUAUUCUGGGAGAGACCCCAAUACGCUCUGUUAACGAACAUAGCUUUUACUGUCCCAUGAGCUUCAUACCUGAUCAUGUGAAAAUGAAACCUUUGCAAAAUUUUUUUUAUUGGAUUCCUUGUCUUUGUUUUGUUCCAGCUGUAAAUGGAUGCACAUUAUCUGUCUCAGGUGUGUAGACUGACUGCUUUUCUUCGAGGACAGUAGUUCACCACUGGUUUUGACUUUAAAAAAAAAAAAUAGUUUGUGUGUGAGUGAGAGAAGUAUCACUUUCUGAGCAAUUAAGAGAAACUCUGGGCCCCUAACACUGGACAUUGUAUGUGUGUGUGUUGGGGGGGGGGACACACUGAUUAUUAUACAUGUAUGGAAGGAUAGAUCAAAACUCCUGUACCAUUGUUAUGGUAUGAAAGGAAUAAAACCUUUGCUGCUAUAAGAAGAUAAUUAACUUUAGGGUGGUGACAGUAUCUCCGCAGCACAUAGUGUUUUAAUCAUGUUAUAGCCCUUAUCAGUGUCAGUUCGUGACCACAGCACUGCUGGUAGCCAGGUGGGGAUUUUUCUUUGGGAGAUUAUUUCUUAGUCCUGCAGUGUGUAAAUGUAAACCUACAAAAAUGUCACAAGCUGAAAACUCUGUGCAUUAUUUUGUAAUACAGUAUAUACGGAACAUUUGGGCUGUACCAAAUAAAACUGCACUGUUCUAGUGUUGGUUAGUGAAAUAACUGAAAUUAGAAAACAGGCUUUGAUUAAUGUCUUGAACAUACAAAAAUUUGUCUUUGGACCACAUAUUUUGAAAAAUAAACUUGAAAUUUUCAGUCAAAUAA